AGAUCACAUUAUAUAAUUACGUCUUUUGAAUAUUCAAUUAUAAUUUCCAGAGGCUAUGGGAAAAUUUUAAGAAGCUGUUGAAGCAGACCCAUUUAAAAACCAGACUUUUGUUCAGCAUGUUCAGAAUACUACAUUAAUGAACUAUGACGAUAAAAUUCAUACUAUUACAACUUAAUAGUUUAAUUACAAAUUUAUUUAAUGCUAGCAUUUGAUUAUAUGGCAUUGCUGCCAUAAUAUAUCUCUUUGAGAUAUGCAUUGUCAUUCUUAUAAGGUCUUAUAACAUUUUCCUUCAACAGAUCAUGAUUAAGUGGUGUUGGAACUAGCUUAGCUCUUGCAAUAAAAAGAGAAGAUUUUGAAAAUUCGCUUUGAACAUUUUUGGAGCAAUAGUGACAAAAUUACCCCGACUACUCCUGUACAAGAGAAAUGCCAGUCCACCGUCCAGCGCUGUCAUGAUUCUAGGUGAUAUGCUAGGAUUAAAUUUCGACUAUAGGGAACCUGAUUUAAUAAAACUGGAGCAUCGAUCUCCAGAAUUUAAGAAGAUAAACCCCAUGGCAACCAUCCCUGUGCUUCAGGAUGGAGAUGUAACUAUAUGUGAAAGUCACGCAAUUAUGAAAUACCUAGUAAAUAAAUAUGGUGGUGAGAGAUGUGAAAGGCUUUAUCCCGCUGAUUUGAGCGUCCGAGCUAACAUUGAUCAACUAAUGUUCUAUGAUGCUGGGGUCUUGUUUGUUAGGCUUAAGGUUGUCGCGCUACCAACAAUGCUUCAAGGAUUAACAGGUCCAACCAAAGAGCAAGUUGCUGAUAUUGAUGAAGGUUACACAGUACUCGAGGCCUAUUUAAAUAAACACUCGUAUAUAGCAACUGAUCAUUUAACUAUAGCUGAUUUAUCUGUUGGCACAACAACUACAGCAUUGCAGUCAAUACACAAGCUAGAUAAAAAUAGGUUUCCUCUAAGUGCAGAAUGGCUGGAACGAUUAAAGGGUGAAAAGUCUUUCAAAAAAUUUAAUGAACCUAGUGUAAAAGAAUUAUCCACAAUAUUAAACGUAUUUUGGAAGAAAAAUAAGGAGCGAGUUUAACUUUUAAUAAGUACAUUAUUUUCUUAAAAAGAUAUAUACUGAUGAAAA